AUGAGGGUUCUCCAGCAGUCGCUCACCGAGUGUCUCCAGAAGGGCGUCAAGCAAAAGACGUCCGUCAAGGGACAUCUGUCGACGUACCGCCUGUGUGACGAUGUGUGGACGUUUGUCGUUAAGGACCCCCAGUUCCGAAUGGAGGGUACGGGAUCAUCGUGA